AUGGCUCAGCCGCCGACGGGAGGCCCCCUUUCACAACAACAAAGUCUACCAUCCUUCAGUUCACUCCUAGCCGGAGCCCACAAUCCUAAUCAAUUUGGCCAGUCCCGUCGGGAAGAGGUGAGAAGGGAACAAGCAUUGCCUAGCAGUAUUUCGGUGGGCAAACAUGCCCCUCAACCAAACACCUUUAUAACGUCCGAUGUGCAUACGUCCACACCUGCCUUCGCCACUUCCCGUUCCUCACAUGUCCAGUCUGAUACCUUGAAUCGUCACUCUUGGUCCUAUCCAGCCACGGGUCGUUCAGACAUCCAAUCGGCCCCACCUGGUUCUCGUGGAACAAAUGCAAUAGUUGGCCACGCAUCUGGUCGGGCGUCUGUGGACGAAGAAAUCAUCGACGGGCCAGGUAGCUACCACACCAAUGAGGACGGUGCCAUUUGUUCCAAGAACUCGGAUGGCAAUGGCGCCAAUUCCACGUGGGACUCCGCUCAAGGUGGCAAACAGAAAAAGCGCGCCGCCUCGCUGUCGUGCGACCAUUGCCGGGAGAAGAAGAUGAGGUGUGACUUUAAAUUUCCCAAGUGUACAGUGUGCAAGAAUCUCGACCGUGACUGCGCGUUCGGGUCAGCGCCACGUGCUUCGAUACGACAGUCGGCUUAUGCGAUGUCAAUGCCUUCAGCUCCAAGGUUCUCCAGCAGCAUCCACCAGAUCCGAGACAGUCAUCCCCCGCGAAGAGGGUCAACGACUUCCAUAGAUAUGGCCUCUCAAGAGCAUGCCUAUUCACAGUCCAUGCCCAGGGCUUCAAUGCCGCUGGACAACAUGCUGUGUCCCGCCUCCAAUAACCAGAUGAACCACGAGGAUGGGGGAGACAAUCAAUCACGGGCUGAGAGAGCUCGUGUUUCUCCAUCUCCUCGCCCUAGAUCACAAGGCCAAUUGCCCGUGAGUUUGGGUGCAGAAUCGGUUGGUGCGUCCGUCUCCUCGCCUUUCGUCAUCUACAACUUCUCUUGGGACACGGACCCCCCUAUCACCUGA